AUGGGUGUCAGUGGCUCCGGGCGUCGGCGCAGCUACUCCAGGUCCAGGUCAAGGAGCCCGGUGAGGCGUGGGCGCAGGUCCAUCUCCAGGUCACCGCGCCGAGGCCGCCGCGACAGCUACGCCAAUCGCCGCCGUCGCUCGUACUCCCGCUCCACAUCCCGCUCUCGCUCCCCAUCUCGCUCCAUCUCCCGCUCCCGCUCGCGGUCGCGCACGCCGCCCCGCGUUGCCGAAGAGGCGAAGCGGAAGCUGUAUGUGGGCAAGCUCACAGGCAACGUGAACUCAGAGCACCUCAAGGAGAUCUUCUCCCUCUACGGCCGUGUCGUCAACAUCGACAUGCCAACGAACCGGGGCGGGGGUUCGCGCCACUUUGCGUAUGUUGAGUAUGAUGUGCCGGAGGAUGCUGACAAGGCCCUGGAGCACAUGGACGGCGGGCAGAUUGAUGGCCAGACCAUCGAGGUCGAACACGUCAACAUCAACAGGCUGAUGCAACGCAGAGAGCGUCGAGGUGAGACGAAGACGGGCUGUCCCACGGUCACCGCUCACAACCUGUACAACGCCCUCGCCCAUCACAUCACCAUCAUCAUCACCAUCAUCGUCACCAUCAUGACCAUGACCAUCAUCACCAUCAUCGUCACCAUCAUGACCAUCAUCACCAUCACCAUCACCAUCAUCAUCAUCAUCAUCAUCGUCAUCAUGACCAUCAUGACCAUCACCAUCAUCAGGACCGAUUGGACGGCCGCGCCGGCGGUUCCGGUCGCGAUCGCGAUCGCCGUUCAUGCGCCGCCGCCGCACCCCGCCACGCAGGCGCUCACCACCACGCUACUCCUCCUCUCGUCGCACACCACCACGCCGCACACCACCGCGUCGCUCGCCACCGCGCCGCCGUCGUGGCUCAUCAUCGUCAUCGUCAUCCGCAUCGUCGCGAUCGCGCUCACGCUCUCCGCGCAGGCGCUAGGCGGCACCGUGAUGGCUGCACAGAUUGCAUGA